GCAGUUGCUAGCAGUAGUAGUAAUUCCCAAAUAUUUUCACGAGCUAUCGCAUCGACCUGUCCUCCUCGGCUGAUCGCCUCCGCGUCCGCAAGCUGUUCAUUUCUCUCUCGAAUCUCGAUCGGGGAGGAGCAGCAGCAGCAGCAGCCAUGGAUCCCAAGCCGGACGCCGAGGCACCGACGGAGGCGGCGGCGCCGUCGGGGCACGCGGCGUACCCGCGGCUGUCCCCGGAGGACGUCGCGCCGCCGCCGCCGCCCGUCGUGCCGGCGGCCGUCUCCGCCAACCCCUACGUGCUCUCCGCCCCGUCCGCGCAGCCGCCCGCCAAGAGUCGGUACCACCAACCCCUCCACCUCCACCUCCUCCUCCUCGCCGUCGCUGCUCCGGUUCUUGAGACGAUCCAGGCCGCCGCGCUGACCGUCUCGGGUUUUGUUUGCCUCCUCGGCUCCGUCGCCGCAGGCGCCAGGGAGAAUCUGCGGGAGAAGCUCGACGAGGUGGGGAAGAGGUUCGGCGACGCCGCGCGCAAGACCGAGGGUAUCGUCGGCGACAUCUGGCAGCACCUGAAAACCGGGCCUAGCAUUGCUGAUACUGCAAUGGGGAGGAUUGCUCAGAUAUCGAAGGUGAUAGCUGAAGGUGGAUACGACAAGGUGUUCCACCAGACGUUCGAGUGCCUGCCUGAUGAGAAGCUCAAGAAGGCCUACGCAUGCUACUUGUCAACCUCUCAUGGUCCGAUCAUGGGCGUCUUGUACAUCUCCACUGCCAAGCUUGCAUUUUGCAGUGACAGUCCUGUGGCAUAUGUCACUGAGGAUAAUAUGACCCAAUCUUCCAUUUACAAGGUAGUUGUACCAGUUGCUCAGCUAAGAUCAGUUACUCCAACAGCAAGCCAGCAGAACCCUGCAGAGAGGUACAUCCAGGUGGUUUCUGUCGACAACCAUGAGUUCUGGUUCAUGGGCUUCGUCAACUACGACGGGGCGGUGAAGAGCCUCCAGGAGACCGUUCAUGGCGCCGCCUAGGCUUCACUUCGGCAUUACGUGUAGUGGUGCAUCCAUCGUCAUCUUCGAUCACCGGGAAUUCGGCUGCGCCUGUGUUCAAUUGUCUAUACAGAUCGCUCUUGGUCCUGUGUGUGUGUUAAAUUGUCUAUACAGAUCGCUCCUGUGCUUUGUAUAUUAGCUGAAAUUUGUGUUAUUUUGUAUGCAUUCGUGUUGUAGUGUGUGGAUUGGCUGUGUAGAUAUUGGAUUAGCUGUUGGCUUUGAUCUCUACCAAAGCAUUUCUGUUUGUUGCUCCC